AUGUCGACCACAGUCCCGCAUCAUCACUGGCAGCAUCCACUGGAGACAGGGCCUCUCACAGUGUGUGGUACGCGGCCGGCGUUGCUGGAGCCACUCGUGGUUGCCAUCACCAAUGCUGUCAACGAGACUCUCGUCACGGAGCAGGACUUGGCGGAUUUAGAGAUUGAAGCUCGACUCGGUUUCCUGGCACCUCAUCGGGACUCCUACCAUAGAGUGCUAUUGCCCAUCACGUCGGAAUGUAUAUUGCAAGAGCCUGAUCACGGCAAGAACUGGCGGUAUGAGUUCCAGGCGUCUGUGAUGAGAGAACAGUUCUUUGCGAUACAGAAGCAUCUGGAGAAGCUCGUAGCGGGGACUCCUGGACAGGUCCAGGGACAUGUCACUACAACUGAUGAGUUCUUCGAAUCUCCCAGGGACGGUCGAAUACGGGCAAGCUACGACAGUGACAGCUACAGUCUGGGGGAUCGAACGCGACCUAUUGAAAUCAUCAGGAAGGAUCGGCUCAAGACUAUUAACGUGUUCAGCGGGCAUUACGAUCCGACGUAUUGUGAUGAGGAGAAGUACCCUUUGGAUUUGCGUAUAUCAGUUAACAGAGAAAACAAAUUCGGCUCUGUCCCUUCUGAUGUGUCAAAGUGUAUCGGUAAACGUAACAAGACUCGGCAUUCCUACAUCUUCAAGGCAUGGCAGGUGGAUCUUACUGAGGUCAUAGCACAGGGAAAACAGGGCGAAUGGUCUAGCUAUGAGGUGGAGGUAGAGCUGAAGAAGGACCUCAUCGCGGAGCAGUUGAAGCGACAAAGGCUGGGAAAAAACCAUGCGGUGUACGAGAUACUCACUGACUUUAUAUACUGCGUACGUGAUCUGGCAUGGAUGUUCGGUGAUGCGUACACUGCGAGUGGCGGUGCUGGUGGUCAGCAACAGUGGAAUAAAAACGGGCAGCGGAAAAGAGUACGUGGUGACCUCAAUUCCAACGAUAUCGAUUUCACUAUGUGGUUGGAGCCCGAAGAGGUCCAGCAGAGGUACCUCAAGCGAGUGGCGCCGGUGUUUCCCAUUAUUGGUGAUUAUUGCUUUACUAUCGCGGAGGAGAUCCGUUCCCCGAAGGCAACGGCACCGGUCGUGCAAGAGGGGAAUGAGGAAGAGUCUCAACCCUCUCAAGGCGGAGCGGAGCAGCUGGAGAUGGAGCCAGAUGAGACUGCAGUUACGAAGGAGGAAGUCUUGGGACAAGCAGCCGUGGAGACCCUGCAAGAGGUGGAGAUGGUAGAUGCAGAUGAGCAACCAUUGGGUAUGCCGGAUGAUGCUGAGCUCGAGGGGGCUAUAACGAUGGAUGGUAUAGAAGGGGAACAAGCUGAAGGUGGAGAAGCUCGAGAUUCGAGUGUGCUACCUCCUGUUGCAACGGCGGUCGAGCAGCAACCAGAACUCCUCUACGGUGACGUGAAGUUUUCGUCGCCAAACGACUACGACCGGGCGGUGCAGCUGCCAGAAGAAUGCUCCGUGUGA